CGAACAUCGUUUUUGUUCCUCCGUUUCAAGCGUGACUCACUCUUCCUGUCUCCCUUCCAUCCUGGGGUUCGUUCCUUCGUUCGUGUUUUGGAAAACCUCCAAGUUUUCGUUUCGUGCAAGCCCAACAAUGGGGAAAGAACGAGCAAACACCACACAAUAAACGCACAAACUUUUCAACCAACUACAAUAGCAUGAGCAUUCGCGUACCUUUCUUUCUCGGAAUCCUGGCGGUUUCGUCCGUGGACGGAUUCAACAUGGAUGCGGGUGUGUUUGCAAACAAAACCGUUCAUCAGCUUGAGCAGAUGUACAUUGACGAUUGCGCAGUGGACACGUCGCCACAUGGAUACUACGGGGCAUUUUUGCAACCCUGUGAAUUCCAAUUUCGCCAGAGUAAUGUGGCAGAGUUUGACGACAAGGAUGCUUGCUCGGACAAAACCAGUACAUUGGUUGCAAAGCCCAUUCCCAUGAACUGGUUCUUCAAUUCCACGUUUUUGGACGAGGAUGGUUGGAGCAGCGAUGAUUUCCCCUCCGGCGAAGAUCUCCUUUUGUGGCCUGACCAAUGCGUUGGAGUCACACCACGAUGCUACUCUGUCAACGACGAGGCAAUUCAUGAGACAUUGACUCGUAUCUUUUCCUCUGGGGGUAUCCCUGAAGAUGCCACACAUGUCCGCGUGGACUGUCGUUCUGAUGCCAUGGCCUUGAGCCGCGCCAUUGAUGCAUUUGCUGACAACAUUGACAAGCUUGACUUUGAUUUGGAAAGAGUUGCGACUAUAGUUGUCGCCUGGUUGGUCACGGUCUUUCUUGUGGCGUUGGUACUGGCCAUGUGGUGCAUGUACGCCUGUCUUCGUUUAUGCUCCUGCUUUCGUGGCGGGGCAACGUGCAAGCAUCAUCCCGAGACGACACAUGUUUUGCGACGCUCUGAAUACGAGGUGAUAGAAGAGGGCACCGAGAAGGAAGGUUUGCUAGGAGGAGAGGAGCAGCUUCGGAGCUGAUUGAGUGAGAUUCCCUACUAGUAAUCACUGGUUUUAUAAAUACAAUUGUUACCACUCU